CCGUCCGAUUACGCACGAACGCGCCCGCUCGCGUCGCGGAUACGCCGUCGUAUAUAUACGCCGCCACCGUGUAUUAUUGUUGACGUGUCGGCGACUCGAUCGGAGAGCGACCGCGGGUGCCGUUUCGUCGUGAGAAAAGUGGUCUCGCGGGUGCUCGUCCGCCGAGACUCCUUGCUUUUUUCUUCUUCUCAAGAGGGAACUUUGUUUUCCUGGAAGGAUAGUGCGGCUCUCUCUUCCCCCCCUCCCUUCCCGCUUCUUGCGCUCGCCUGUGUAUUGUCGAAGGAUCAUCGACCCAGGUGAACACCGUAGGAAGAACAGAGAGAGAGAGAGAGGCGGAAACAUCGUACGCGUGAAGAAAGAGAGAGGCGAUAACGUCGGGGGAUUAGAAGGAGAGAGGACAAAAACACAAAAGCCUUUAGAGGAGCCGUCAAGUCCCCAUUGCACAGUCUGUUUACUACGAGUAGUGGCUCGUAUCGCGCGCGGGGAGACAUCCGUGCGUCGAGAGAAAGAGAGAGAGAGAGAGAGAGAGAGGCCCCGAGGAUGCCGAGCGCGGAGGAGACGACGUAUCUGAUCGGCGUGAUGCCGGACGGCGCGGCGCAGGCGGACGCGUUUCUCGCGCGCGACGUCGACCUGCUGGUGUCGCAGAUCAAGGAGAAUCUGCGGCUGUCCAGUCUCAAGGCCAAGUCCAGCAUCAGCCACAAGAGCAGCCGGCCAUCGCCGUACCGGGUACCGGCGCGCUCCUGGGCGGACCCGGCGGCCGUCUGCGAGGUCUGCGGCCUGCGGUCCAACGUCCAGCAGCAGCAACAGCAGAUGAUAGCCGGUCACCACCACCACCACCACCAGCAUCACCACCACCAUCUCCACCACCACCAUCACCACCACCACCAUUAUCACAACCAUCUGAAGAACGAUAGGAGCAGAGUGGACGACGACCCGUACGAGGUGCUCCAGGAGCUGCUGCGCGAGGGCGGUCUCAUCAAGGAGGCGGUCAAGAGGCUGCAGGAGAACCUCGACGAGCUGUCGAGCUCGGAGGUGGACGAGGACGACGUGGUGGACGACGAGGACGAGGAUGUGCGAGAGUCCGGCGGCGGCAGCGGCUACCGCAGGAAGCCGUACUUCUACGACUCCGAGGACGAGCCGUUACCACCGAUGUACGAGCCCCUGGAACUGUGAGGCGCCGGAUGGCGGCGCCCGGGGACAAUUUUUACGGACGUUUCCGCGCUCACGCCGUGAACGAUAAUCCCCCCCGUGGCCUCCUCCGAGACCUUGAUUCUUUUCUCUUUCCUUCGAGUCGCGCCGCGGACGACUCCUUUGUGACUCGGGAUAGAUGUUGCCCCGAAAGUGGAACGAAAUCCCCAUUGAAAAAGCCCGCGUGGGAGUCCCGGGACGGCGGCGACGAACAGUGUGCGUGCGUGCGUGCGCGCGCGCAUAGAUACAAUUAGGCGAGGGGACUCGCCUUACAUGGCCGUGUUUGUAAAUACGCUGCGUUGUCGGCGCUGCGCGAUAGCUUCGCCGUGCCGCUGUAUCGACGCUCGCGGACGGACCUACGUGGAAGACUUAUGGCCGCCAACGCGCUCCACCGCCGUUCGAGACGCGAGAUGUUCCUUUUCCCCCCGUACCGUCGCGCAUCGCUGUCUCGGAUCAUUUAAUUAAAUAUUCGGCGACGUCGGACCUGGCGCGACCUGCCGCGUCGUACGCAACAUGUUCCUUUUCCGUAGCGGUGCUCCGUGCCGUGAUGACUGUGAUUAUCGGUAUCGCCGAUACGAUUCCUUAAAUAUAUUUUUUCAAGUAUCGCUAAACGCGUAUGUGUGUACACACUUUGAUUUGUUGCCGUUCUAUCUCGCGUAUGGCAUCUCAUUCAAAAUUAUCGGCGGACAUUGUUAUCACGGGGUGGAGUGCCAGCU